AUGGACCCGGGCAUCUCAGUCGAGAGCUCGGCAGCCUCGCACACGACCACAACGCCCGGCCACCAACUCGCGCAGCCGCUCGCCGUCUCGCCCACCGCCUCGGACCCGGCAGCCCGCGACAGCGUCUCGCUCGUCCAGCACUCGACGGGCCACGAGAGCUCUGCUGCAGCAGCCACACCACAUCCUGAAGGACAGCCGCACAAGCUCAAGACGAGAAAGCUUCGCCAACCUCGCAUCUCGGAGGCGUGCAUCCGGUGCAAGGCCCGCAAGACUCGCUGCGUCCGCACCGGGCCAGGCGUGUGCGUCUUCUGCGAGGGCGCCGGCACCGACUGCGUCAUCGCUCCUCGUGCUCGCCGCAAGAACGCAAGGAAGGUCACCGAGGCGCCCACCUCGACCUCGGCUGCAGAAGCGCACUCGACGACCUCGCCCGACUCGUUCCAGCACUUCCUCCAUGCCGGCAACCCUCUCCCACACCCCUUCUACCCGUCCUACUUCCCCUACAGCGCAUCGCCGCCUUUCCCGCCCAACUCGCUCGCGCUCUCGGGCAGCCCGCAUCUCGCCGCGCAGCGUCCCGCCUUCCCUCCACCUCCUCCGCCACCACCCGUCCACUCGCCGUACGACCCGACGCAGGCGUCGAGGACGGCGCAGUACUCGUCGCUGCAUGCCCAGUCGCCGAGCCUGACGACGGGCCUCGCCGCGCCCGUCUCGGAUGUCCGCUCGGCGCACGCCGUCGACACGGGCCGCUCGCCGUCGAACGGGACCGACCGCCCGUCGAGUCGGACGCCAGGAGGCGGCAGUGGGGACGGCAGGACGGUCGAGUACGACGAGAGGAGCGAGGACGACGACGAGGACGAGGAGGAGGAGGAGGGCUGGCACGAUCAGGCGGCGAGGGGCGUCGCCUUCCUGUCGCUGUCGGCAAACGGCAACCCGACUUACGUCGGCCCGUCGAGCGGCUUCUCGUGGGCGAGGAUGGUCCUCGGGGGCAUGGCGGGUGCAGCAAGUACGUCCGCAGGGCAUCAAGGUCGCGACCGCCCUCGCCUCGACACGUCGCAGCCGUUCCAGACGAGCCACUCGGCGCCCAAGGUGCAGCUCGGCGACGACGCCCUCGCCGCCGUCUCGGACGAGCUCGCCGACAAGGUCCUCGGCGAGUGCUACCGCCACAUCCAGCCUCGCUACGCGUUCGUCGACUGGCUAUUCCUGCACGAGGUGUGGCAGCACCGCGUCGCCAUCACGCGCUCGGCGGCGCAGCCGGCGGCGACGAGGAUGGCGCGCACGGCGGCGUGCUACAUCUACCUCGUGUUCGCGAUCGGGUCCCGCCUCCUCCAGAAGAGCGCCGUCCCGAACCUCGCGAGCCCCGAGGCCUACUACGCCAAGGCGAUGGACCAUCUCGAGAUCAUCGUCGGCCUGCACGACCUCAAGAACGUCCAGGUCCUCCUCCUCAUGGUCAUGUACUCGUUCCGCAGCAACGAGGCUCCCGGUGCCUGGUACCUCAUCGGCAUCGUCGUACGGCUGUGCUGCUCGCUCGGCCUCCACCGCAAGGUCCCGCCCGCUCAAGCCCGCCGCAUGAGCCCGUACAUCCUUCAGCUUCGUCGCCGCAUCUUCUGGAGCGCCUACACCCUCGACCGCAUGAUGGCCAUGUCGCUCGGUCGCCCAUGCGGCAUCGCCGACCACGACUGCGACAUCGAGCUCCCGUUCGACGUCGACUGCAUCGCGACCGCCUUCGACUUGCCCAACCCGACGCCCGGGCCGACGAGCAUGACGAGCUCGAUCCUCUUCACCAAGCUCAUGCGCAUCGAGUCGGUCAUUCAGAAGCAGUCGUACCGAGUUGACGCGCCGAGCGCCGAGCGGCCCGAAGCCGUUCUGCGCCUCAUCGACGACUGGGAGGCGCAGAUCCCGCCCAUCGCGUCCGAGCCGACGUGCUGGAACGUGCCGUGCUGCUCGCGCGACUGGUUCCUCGGUCGCUCGGGCGAGGCGCGCCUGUACCUCUUGCGUCCGCUCACGGCAAAUCCGUCGACGGCCGACCCGAGCCUGAUCCGCCUCGUCGCCAAACAUGCUGCCGAGACGUGCGAGAUCCAGAAGCGCUUCCACCAGUCGUCGACCCCGCUCGCGCUCGAGGCGCUGCGGUCCAUCUUCCUCACCGGGCUCACGCUCCUCCACGCCGUCCGACUCGACCGACACGCCCUCCCGCACUCGACCCUGCAACGCGCCGUUCGGUCCUGCAGCAACACGAUGUUCCUGUACGCCCAGGCCUUCCCGGGCGCGGCGGCAUACUCGGACGUGUUCGAGGAGCUCGCCAACGUCGUGCUCGACAAGCUCAGCAUGCCGCCCGAGGCGGCCGCCGUCGCCGCUCCGCCGGCGUCUCUCGUCGCGUCGGCGGCUACGCCCCUGUUCACGAGCCUGUGGGACGACCUCCCGACCAUGAUGUCCACCGACACCGAGGACUCGUUCCUCGCCCUCCUCGAGUCGCUCGGCGUCCCGACCGACUCGCUCGGCCAGAGCGCGAGCGCGGCGGGCCUCUUUGCGGCCGGCGCCGACGGGCUCGACCUCUCGGAGCUGGGUGCCUUUGCGCCGGCGAGCGGGCUUGCGGCCGAGCCUUUCGCGCUCGGGAGCUCGGCGAGCGGCGUCUGGUAG